AUGGAGACGAGCCUGGGCGCCGCGCGCGAAGCCCGCCGCUUCCUCACCGAUCGCGUGCGCAACGAUUGGACCUUCCCGGCCCCGCCCCUCCCCUUCGAGCACUCGGACGAGGAGCUGCACGGCGUCAGCGAGUUCCGCGAGCGCUACUACGGCACAACCGCGGCAGACGAACAAGAAGUAGACGAGAAACUAGCAGCAGCAGCAGCAGCAGCAGAGGACCAAGGUCAACCACCCUCCAACGGCACCGGGCCCUACAAGUUCGACGCGCCCGACACUGUCGGCCAGACAAUAGAGGCGCGGGCGGCCGCGCGCGCAGCCCGUCGCAAGCGCAGGCGCAGGCGCGCUCUAGAAGAGGAGAUGCGCUGGAACGAGGGCAUGGCGGUGUUUGUGCGACAGCGGGACGCGUGGACAGGCGCAGCCAGCGUGCGCAAAUACGCGCGGCGCCGCAGCCGGGCAGACGAGCAGAUGCACCCCGCAGAACUGGAGGCGCAGCGCCAGAUCGACGCGGUGCUGGAGGAGACGGCCGUCGUCGCGCCGCUCGCGCCCCUCGCGCCCCCGCUCCUUCCUCACAACUCAAUCCGGCAGUCGAUCACGCCGCGCGCCUACCCCGACAUCUACGCGAAAAUCGUCGUCGGCGGCCAAACGCCAAAAGUGCCCAUCAACCUAGCCGACAUGACGCGAGCGCUCGUGCAAGGCUGGAAAGACGACGGCGAGUGGCCACCCAAAGGCAGCGCGCCGGACCCGCUGAUGGGCAAGCGGCGCGUGCAGGCCGGCGCGACUGGCGCCAAGAGCUUUUUGGCUCAUCAUCCGCAUGUUAAGCGAGGGGUGGAGAGCGUCAAGAGGGUGUUUCGCCUCAGUGGCCAUCAUCAUGAGAAUGGGGGUGGAGCGGCGCCCGGGGCCUUGGAGCAGGGCGGCGCUGCGUAG